GUUCUUCGUCACUAGAACAGGAGGACAUAGCCCAAUUAUGGAUGACAUACGUGUCUCGAACGCUGGCACCUUUGAGUGAAGGACACCAAGGAAUCCAGAAAGACGCGUUUAUGUGCUUUACGUACUUUACAACUCUGGGCGAAGUAGUUAAGCUAACGGAACCGCUCUACGAGUGGUCGACACACAUAACUAUGUAGUGGAUUGAGCCCCCCGCAGAUGAGCAUUGCUGCCCUGAGACUGUCGUACCACCUUUGCCCCAAUCUAAUAGACGUCGUGCUUUAAAGACGACAGUCCUCCUCAAGAUGUAUUACCAGUCCAUGCUUAAGGAGCACUUCCAGUCGCAAAUACUACGCGGCCCCUCCAUGAAGGGAGAGCCCGCGUUCUACCGCAGGCUCGAAGAAGCCUUAGACGUCCACCGCCAGAAAGGGGGACUGGCUAUUGCCAAGCCGCGCUGGGACGACAGUGUUCUGGAUUUAACCACGAGCGACUUCCUCUCCUUAAGCCGUUCGGGCCGCAUUCGAGAAGCAUUUCUUGAGGAACUCGCGAGGUGUGGUGAUUUCCGGCUGAGUGCCUCGGGGUCACGCACACAAUACGGCAAUUACGACUAUCUCCUCGAGGUUGAGCGCGAGAUAGCCGAAUUUCAUAAUGCCGAGACGGCCUGGAUCUGUCACUCUGGCUUCUUCGCUAAUGUCGGCGUCCUAGAGGCCAUCCCUUUGCCGGGCGAUGCCAUUGUAUGGGACGAGUUGUCACACGCGAGCACUAUCCUCGGGCUCAAGGUGAGCGUGGCUGCCCAUAACAUCUCUUUCAAACACAAUAGCCCCGAUUCUUUGAGGGAUGUCUUGACGUCUCUGAAGAACUCAGAUGCGGCUUUUGUGACGGGAACCAAGUCUAUCCUCAUAUCUGUUGAGUCUGUCUAUAGCAUGGAAGGCGACAUAUGUCCACUAAAGGAGUUGGUAGCAAUCGCGAAAGAGCUGUUUCCCGCUGGGAAUGCCCAGUUUAUCGUGGACGAGGCGCAUAGCAGUGGUGUGCUGGGCCCAAAAGGUGCCGGUUUAGUUCAACUUCUUCGACUGGAAAAGGAUAUUGCCAUUCGCAUUCACAUGUGUAGCAAAGCAUUAGGCUCUACUGGAGGCGUGAUACUAUGUAACAAGACGGUACGGAGCGCGCUAGUACAAUACUCUCGUGCGAUGACGUUUAGUGGCGCACCUUCUGUCCCUAUGGUCGCUUCGAUACGGGCGGGUUACAAGUUAUUGAUGACUGGUCAGACACAAAAGGAACAGGGCCAGAUUCAGCAGAUCGUCUCGCAUUUCUUCAAAUCUCUUUUGGUAGAUCCGGCAUGGGAAGACGCGAUGGACGAAGGGAUUCUCUCCGUGCCUCUUGCGGAGGACUGGGAUGCCAGGCCUUUCCAUUCCCAUAUCGUACCAGUCAAAGUGCGCACAGGAGACGAACAAUCGUUGUUCAUGCAGCUUAUCAUGGCUAAUAUAAAUGCCUACUGUAUCUCCUAUCCAGUCGUGCCCAAAGGCACGGCUUUGAUCAGGCUGGUGUUCCAUGCACAUAAUACGAGAGAUGACAUCAACCGUCUGAUCUCUGUCAUUGGGGAAUGGGCAAUUGAGAUGCUCAAGAUCAAAAAUGGCGAGGCAAAGAAUACAAUACCCAGUGCCGCACGCCACGUGUUUUCGAUGCAAGCAGCAGGAUGGAAGUAAUUGAGAGGAGCUAUUUUGGCAUAUACUGCCAAACUGCGCAUGGAAAGAUCUACAUCGUAUUAAGUCAUUGGCGAAUCUGUGUAACUCAGAAAUCUCUAUUUUGUACCUGCAAGUCAAUAUACAUCAGACACGCCACGCA